AUGAAGUCGCUGCUCUUGAGCCGCUUCUUGGUGCUGCUCCCUUGGAUGCUGCUGGUGAUCGUCAUGCUGGACACGGGCGGCGGCAACCGGGCGCCCCGCCCGUCCUCCGUCGCCUCCCGGCAGCCCCUGUCCCAAGCACAUCAGGAGGCGCCCCGGCGGCGGGAGGCCGAGCUGCCCGUCAUCUACACCAUCACGCCGACCUACAGCCGGCCGGUGCAGAAAGCCGAGCUCACGCGGCUGGCCAACACUUUCCGGCAGGUGGCGCGCUUGCACUGGAUCCUGGUGGAGGACUCGGCGGGGGGCACCGAGCUGGUCAGCCACUUCGUGGCCGGACUCAUCCGAAACGGCGGCCCGCCCUGCACCCACUUGCACGCGCUGACGCCGCGCAGAUUCAAGCGGCCGGGCCAGCCCCGAGCGACGGAGCAGCGCAACGCCGGCCUGGCGUGGAUCCGCCAAAAGCACCAGCGCCUGCCUUCUCCGCAGCCGGGCGUGAUUUUCUUCGCCGACGACGACAACACCUAUAGUCUGGAGCUCUUCCAGGAGAUGCGCACAACCCACAAAGUGUCUGUCUGGCCUGUGGGGCUGGCAGGCGGACGAUGCUAUGAGCGCCCAGUUGUGGAAAAGGGCAAGGUUGUUGGCUGGUACACUGGCUGGCGGGCAGGUAGGCCUUUUCCCAUUGAUAUGGCAGGGUUUGCUGUGAGCCUUCAGGUGAUUUUAGCCAAUCCUAAAGCUAUAUUCAGACGUCAUGGAUCACAACCUGGAAUGCAGGAAUCUGAUUUUCUCAGACAAAUUACAACAGUAGAAGAACUGGAACCAAAAGCCAACAACUGCACAAAGGUUCUUGUAUGGCACACCAGAACCGAAAAGGUAAAUCUAUCUAAUGAGCCAAAGUAUCACCUGGACAGUGUCAAAAUUGAAGUAUGAUCUGUAAGCAUAAAAUGGGAGAUACCAAAACUAAUGGAUGCAUCUUUGGAAACAACUAAACAUUCAAACUGCACAGUUUGCUGUUGUGCAACAAC